CGGCAUCGUAGGGGUGUUAUAUGAGUUUACAAUAGACUCUAGGCGGCGGGUGAAAUCCCGGUGAAGUGAAAAAUGGUGGUGGAGAGCUAUGUGGUGGUUCACAACAUAGCCAAGAGGCACAACGUGGGCACACUCGCCCGGAGCGCCACCGCCUUCGGCGUCUCCGAGCUCAUUCUCGUCGGCCGCAGAGAAUUCAACGCCUUCGGCAGUCACGGCUCCACCUCCCACGUUCGCUUCCGCCACUUUCACUCUCUCCAAGACGCCCGCCAAUUCCUCAAGGACAGAGAUUGUGAUAUUUGCGGCGUUGAGAUCACUGAUAAUGCUAUGCCGGUCAAUCACCACCCUUUCACCAAAAGCACUGCUUUUCUUCUUGGCAAUGAGGGAACAGGCCUUUCUGCUAAGGAGUGUGAGAUAUGUGAUUUCUUUGUGUAUAUCCCACAGUAUGGGGACGGCACUGCUUCCUUGAAUGUAACUGUUGCAGCUUCUAUUGUCCUGCAUCAGUUUGGAGUCUGGGCUGGCUUCCCUGAGAGAACCCGUGAUGGGAACAAGUUCAUUGUGGCAGAGAAACCUGCAAAGCAGACAAGACGAAGUUUCUGUGCAGAAACAGCAGAUUCUGUAAUUGAAGAGCGAAAAUCUAGAAAAGAGCAGAAUUCUAAUGGUUUCUUUGACGAGAUUGUAAAUGACAAUCCAUCUUCUAACCUUCUGGAUGGGUUGUUCAGUGAUGUAAGAUAACUUCAAGCGAGUGGGAAUGGUUUGGAUGGUUAGCAUAAGUUUGUGACCUUACGGAUGACCUGUAACAGAAGAAUCUCUAGUAAAAUGUAUCUUAGUGAGAAGGGUUUUGUUGCAAUUUACUUUUGGAAUUUGGAGCAGUUUUCGUGGAGAAUUAGAGUUGGGAGUUUUUGCAUUGGCAUAACUGCAGAUGUAAACUAUCUCGACUUUGCUUUGGUUUGUAUUUCAUGCAAGAUGCAAGGGCGCCGUUGCAAGGAUUGUAUC